GGCCCUUCGGUAGCGUCGCUGCGCUGCCCCGCGCUCCUUCUCGUCCUGGGGUCCCGACAGCGGUGGCAGCGUUAGAGCUGUCUGACAUAAGGCUGUUCGCACUUUGCUUAAACACACGGUACUGCCUGCUCUUGGAGAAGAGGGAAGCUGUUCAAAUGGCCUCAGAAAGGCAAAGUGAAGAUACAGAGUGUCCACCUGAGCCUCUUACAGCUCCUGUUCAGAGUAACAGAGCGUUUCAGUGGGGAGCCAUUCUCGCUGCAGUGAAAGAUCAGCUCCCAUCUCUGGACUCUGACACUUCCACAUCUGAUUGUGAGAGCGAUGGGGAGCUUUUCAUCUUCCAGCGAGAACAUCCAAACUUAAUUCCUGACCUGUCAGAAGAACUGAUGGAUUUUUCCUGGGAAGACUCAAAUAUGCAGCAAAUACAGGAAACAGCAAGACAUCCAUGGGAGGUCUGGAAUGAAAACCUGGAAAGUUUUGGCUUGCAGAAAGAAACAGAUGGUGUCCAAGUCAUUGCAAAAAAACAUAUGCAAGUGAUUAAAGAUGAGACUUCCAGUCUUGCCAGCCAUACUGAAGAAAUUCCAGGCCAAAAGGGAACGGUUCUUGAAGGAUCUUUUGCAGAUUCCACAGACCAUCUUGAGGAGAAAGAACUGAGCAAGAGACAAGCUGGGGAAACAGGGGAAUUUUGGCUUAAUACAGCGUUGUCUAUGGAAGAUCCAGGCAGUGAAAAAGAGAGAAGAAAACUGAUAGAGACAAAAAUACUCUCUAAAAUAUUUCUGGAGCCAUCACCAGGCCACCCAGAGCUGAAAGUGAAGCCACCCUUGGAGGGCAUUAGCAGCGCUCUAGAACGAAUCACUAAGGAGCAAACUUCCUCAGCUGAACAUCCUCAAGAACUAACCCAUUUGUCGUUGCCGGAUAUUGAGAAAUGGGAUCUAGACAAGAUUCUUGAGGAGCUGGAGCAGCAGAAGGAUAAUCACACUCACUCAGAGGAAGUUGCUUUCUCUUCAGCAGAUCAUGAGACCUUGAGGGGUAGGUCUGAAAAUCAGCUCAUGGAAAAGCUAGAAGAGCUGUGUGCCAGGCAGUCCAGGACGUUAUCUCCACACUGCAAGUGGCCAUCAGCCAAGCUCUGUUCCUCCCAAGAACAGCAAGAGAAUAAGAAGGAUGUUGCCUUCCUGUCGUCUUCACCAAAUUCUCUAAGGAUGGACGGGAUGAGAUUACAAUACCCACCAGAGCCUCUAACAGUAUACAUUGAUUUAAGAGAUACUGAACCACAGAAGUCAGUAUCAUUCCCUGAUGAGAAACAAAGUGGAAGUGACAGCUCCACUGAAGAAGAAGAAACUAUUACAACUAAGGACCAAGCAGAAAGGAUAAUAGAGAAUUGCUCAGGGAAAAGCCUGCUGCUGCGACAACUGCGUGCAGUCCGUAAAGAAGCCUCGGGCUGUCUUUGUAAAACAUCUACCCCGAAUGAAAGACUUGAAGGUCUAAAGCAGGAUCCCGAAAUUUUGGAAGAGAUAGGUGCCUUGAAAGUCAGACGAAAACGAUAUUUUAAAGUGAGACAAGAGACAAACAAGGUGAUUUCCAGGGAACUGAUGAAUUUGGAACCAGAGAAUGGAAAUGUCCCCUUGUCAAACCAUGGGGGCAGUGAAGCUGACUCAGAAAGGGAAAACGGAACGGAGACUGAAGUGGUUCAACGUUCAGGAAAUGCUCCAGAGUCUCCUCUAACUACAACAGAAUUGCUAAGGAGAGAAGAAAGUAAAAGAGAGCUAUCUCAAAAGGAAGUACAGAUGAAAGAAAAACACAGGAGAAAGAGCUUCCAGGAGCAGCUGGAGAGAUUGCAGCCUCAGCACUCAGUUACUGGAAAGCAGCCCAUGGCAGAGAAAACACCUAUUUUGUUCCACAUGGAAGCCUCUUAUUUGCCAGAUGUUGAUACAUUGCCUAGACUGGACAGUAUGAGAAAUGAGAUGCUGCUUAUGACAAUUUGGUUGUCGAGUUGUGGCCGUGUAGCUGCAGAUCAAUACAGCGGGCAGGUGCCUAACAUGGUGCUGACAGCAGCCAAUAUCUACCAGAUCCUUGUGGCAUGGCUUCUUUCUCUGGUGCCUCCUGUGAAAACGACAGGUGAGACCAAAGCUCCAUUUCAGGUGGUAGGACUGCAACAGGCCUGGCAAGAGGAUGGCUUGGCCCUGUAUGCUUGCCUAAUGCCAGCAGAUGAAUCUCCAGCCCAGAACAGCCCCAAGAUCUGGAAGAUUAAAGCUAAAGAAGAUCUUCAAAGAACAUCCACUUUUUACCAGAAGAUCUCUGCAUUUCUAUCCCGUACAUGGCUUCCAGAUGUUAUCUGGUGGAGGGCAGAACUGGUCAAUCACUUCCAAAACCAGCCAUACCUACUUCUUCCUGAAAUUCCUUCAGUCCUGCUCAGUUACAUCACUGCUGUUAAUCCUGAUCCUCAGGCAGUGGAGAAGGUGUUUGCAGUGCCAGCUGGGUUUUACUGGCAGACAGUAGAAACCGAUGAAGAGUACUUCCCUAACAGCAGCGACGUCGAGGCUAGCAGAGAUAUAGACACUGAGGUUGCUAUGGUAUUGCUGUUUGAAACUCUAUUCCGAAGUCCCCUAGCUAUCCAUCACAUGUUACAGCUGGUUCUCAGUUCUGGUUUGGAUAUCUGUGGACUCCGCCUGCUCUAUCCUCAGCAUGAUGUGCUGCUCUCUAGCUCAGAAGAUCUGCCUUCUUCCUAUACUCCAGAGACUAGUGAGGUGCCACCAGUGCUGGCAUUAGGCACGAGAGGGCCUAAAGCAUGCAGCACCUUGCGGAAUAUCAUGGGACCAUCUGACCCGCAGCUGGCCAGCGUGACGGACUGCACUUCCAUCAAUGCCCUCUACUGCAGGAGCCGAAUGGAGCCUCUUGCCUACCUUCCCCACCUGGACAGCCGUGUGCACAGGGAGCUAUGCCUGUGGUUUGGAGGGAGGGCUGCUGAUGCAGCACUGCAUCUUGGUGUCCUGAAUCUGGCUUGCAGAUAUAACAAAGCAAGACCUCAGAGUCCUUCAUCAACUAGAGCAGAAGCUGAGGAAGAAAAGGUUCAUCUGCAGGGCACGGUGCUGUCUCAACCUCCAGCAACGCUCGUUGCAACCACCAAAGGGGACAUCAUUUUGACGGUGUCACCUGUGGUAUCUCCUCAUGCAUAUGGUAGUGUGAUUUCAGUCUGUGCUCAUCGGGGGUUUGUUCUGCAAGGAAUCAGACAGCUGCUGCUUUCACCCGAGCAAGCCAUUGUGCUGAGCGUGGCAAGAAGUCAGAUUGCUGUAUUUUGCCCUAGCAAGAUUUCAAGUUCAGCUGAUACCAGUUCUGAAAGAGGAGAACUUUCUAUUGAACCACGUAUGCACUGUCUAGUUUUAUUGCUGAGAAAGGAGAACGCCAGUCAUCAUGUUCCUGCAUUGCUAAAAGCACUGAUGAAUGAGCUGGCAAAACAAGGCCUUCUUAGGGACACAGAGAGCAACUUGUUGGCCACUGUUGGUCUGGAGUCCUCAAUGUGUUUUCAUGUGGCUCCUUACACAGAGACCUUGCUGCAGACACUGGGAGGCAACCUCAGUGCAGUGCCAGACCCUUGUAACAUUCCUCUGGAUAUUUUAUGCGAUCGAACAUAUGCUUCUGAUCCUGAAAUGGAGCAAGUUGUCAUGCUAACGCUGACUGGAAUGGAUGCUAUGAAGAGUGCUGGAGAACUCCUUCACCAGAUCCUUCUUCCUGGGGGCAAUAAGCAACCUCAGAAUGCAGAAGGACCAGAUUCAGGAUUUGAGCUUCUAGGUCUGAAGUGGUUUCCCCAGCUCACUCGAAGUCAAGCCAGAGAAAUAACCCCUUUUGAGGUUGGAGAUGUUUCCUGGCAGAGAAGCAUUGAUACACUCAUGUCAAACCCGGUCCUUGUAUGUGCAUUACGGCGGAUCAACGCCUUCAAAGUUCUUGCAGAGACAUUGGAGAGAUUAGCACCGUGCAGGGGGAAGCUAGGCAAAAGUAACUGUGUUCUGCAGAGAGUAAUGGCCUUGACCCCAGAGAUGACAUUCAGACAAGCUGUCGUCUUCUUCACAGAGAAGGAUUUUGUAACUGAUGCAGAACACCGCCCUGCUAUGAAGUACCUGCCACCACCUGGCAAGAGGUCCAGGGCUGAAGCGGGAGAGACCUGGAGGUGCCAUGUGGAAUCACUGUUCACCUACUUGCAAGCAGGAGCCCAGGUUCUUUGCACAGUGUUGCUGAUCAAACCUGGUGCCUGGACCCGUAGCCUUGCUAGGAUCCUCCGAAAACUAGACCUAGAAAAAUUCAGUGUGGUUGGGAUGAAACACACAAACCUGGAACCAGAUGUUGCCUUAGGACUCCUUUCUUCUGAAAUGAAGCAGGAUCCUGCUGUUUUAGAAGCUCAUUGUACCUACCUUACCUCAGGCUCUGCCCUUGUGCUGUGUCUUCAGAGACCAAAUGCUGUGAAGAAGCUGCUAGAUUUACUGGGGCCAGAGGAUCCUAAGCUAGCUCAAGCACUAGACCCGUUCCUCUGGAGGGCUCAGUAUGGCAUCAACGCUGUCCGAAAUGGAUUUUAUGGCUCCAAAUCCUAUCAAAUAGCUGUCCGGGAUAUGAAGCUGUUUUUCCCAGAGGGGCUGUGCUGCGCUGACUGUCAGACAUUAGAAGAAGAGGAGAUCCAUAACCUGAAACGUGACCCCAUAGUUGGUUUGGAAAUCAACAAGCAAUGCAAGAUCAUAAAACGUAAAACAAGAGGGCAACUCAAUUUAUCUGGCUCUGAGCAACCAUGCGAUCUCGACCUGCCAUGGCUUGAUACCCUCUGCCAGACCACUUGCCUCAUACUGCCUGGGAUAAUCCUGCGGGGUUCAGAGCACCCACCUUAUGUUGAACUGCUUGAUCAGCUUAUUGGCACAGAUUUCACAGUGACUGGAGUGCGACUCACUGUCCUGGAUGCACCACAAGCUCAUUGCAUCUCUGAGACGUUAAGCAGGACAAAGUGCAGUGUUGCAGCAAAGUGUUCCCUCUUAAUGGAUGGCUUGUGUCUGGUGUUAGCAGCACAGCGAGACAAUGCAGUCAUUUGCUUCGACUCCCUGCUGGACAGUGUUUGUUGGCAGAAGCAGUCGGUACUGGACACUGUGCAGCAUCUCCUCUAUCCCCAAAAUGAGAAGCAGGCUGAAGAGCUACUCUGUUGCCUUUUCGACUCCCUAACAUCUGACAGCAUCCACUACAUUGAAUCCCAGGAUUGCUGACCAAGAUGGUAUAGACCCCCAAGCAGCCCAUGGGUGGAUGCUGUUGUGGGUAUCUGUGCAAAUGAACAUGCUAGGAAAUCCUAGCCUCCAAGAGCACUUGUAUUUGUUUGUCAUU